GCACAUCGGAUAUACUUCUGAUCCUACUAGGACCAUUACGCGUUACACCUAUCAUCAGAAUCUGAAGCCGUGCGAAAAUUGCUACUGAAUGCAUAUUCAAUCGUUUCGAUAAGAGCAACCAGGAUUACUCUCAACCUUUACAAUCUCCUUCUAUAUUGCACCUUUACUCUGCUCCUUAGCCAUGGGCGUACGAGGAUUGUGGCAUAUCCUUGAUCCAGUUCAGGAGUAUCGCCCGUUGCCUGAACUGAGCGGAGAGACGGUGGCUGUGGAUCUCAGCAUCUGGGUCUGUGGGGACAUGUCGAUCAAGUACAACCUAUCUGUUGCGAAGAAACUAUACUUAAGGAAUUUAUUUUUCCGUACUCUAAAUCUGCUCCGAUUGAAUGUUCUUCCUGUCAUUGUAACUGACGGGAUCGCGCCCAAGUUGAAGGCCUUGACACUGACGAAUCGCCACUGUGAAAAGAAGCAUCUUUCUAAUCCCUCCGUUCUUGUGCAGCGACGACGAUUUUCAUCUAUUUCUGGUGAGUGCUGUGCUCUGCUUGAUGCGCUCGGUGUUCCGUGGAUUCAGAGUCCCGGGGAGGCUGAGGCUAUGUGUGCUUUGCUCAACUCCUCCAAGUACGUCGAUGCAUGUAUAACAAAUGACGGUGAUGUCUUCCUCUACGGUGCCACCACAGUGUAUCGACACUUCACUAUGGACACUCGAGAUGCCAGCGUUCGUGUAUAUCGUUCUGGCCGAGUGGAAACUGAUUUGCAACUUACACGCUAUCACCUAGUGCUACUGAGCAUUCUUCUUGGAUGCGAUUAUUGGCCUAGUGGUGCAACUGGUGUUGGAAAAGCCGGUGUUAUGCGCCUGAUCCGUUCCAUGGAUUCUCUGGAGCAGGCAGAAUUGGUACAUCUGGUAUCCUUCCUGAAGACUCGGCGUCCAUGUACGGAAUGCGAUUUUCUGGAAUUUCCAUUUUUUCGAACACUGGAUGCGAAAACACUUCGAUUAUGGGUCAAAACAGGUGUGUCAUUACAAGAGUGCCCUAUAGACGAAAUUUUCAUCGAGUACCUUUCCACCCCCGAGUGUCGUGGAUGGGAUCUCUUAGUACCAUCCACUCUUGCCGUUUGGAGGCGACCGAAUCCUCGUGCACUUGUAUCGCUUUGUCGUGAUCAACUCGCUUGGGACCCAGAUUACACUUUACGUCAAUUGCUUCCAGUGCUUGCAUUGUGGGACAUGCGACAUCCGAGACUACUAACUUCCGUCACUUCUCCAUCCUUUGAGUCUCUUGCGGACGACGCGAUUACCCUAAUUCCCAUACGGAUUAUCAGAAAACGGACAGUGAAUUUUGUGCCUUCCUAUGAGGUGGAAUGGAAGCGCCUGGGCUUUGAUGUAUGGACACGGAAAACUGUGCUAUCCAGCAAAAAAGUUGCCAGUGAUACCGAUCAGUCGUGCAUCGGUGAAUUGGUCGAUGCAUACGCUUUUCCUGUCCCGAUCGUCGAGUUUCAAAGGGUUCAUCCUCGCCUGUGUGAACAGUUUGAAACGGAAACGCAACUUAGUCGAAUGAAGACUCUUAAGAAGAGUGUGAAUAAAUUUCCGAAGAAGCCCAACCGCGCCACAUGUGUCAACGAGUCGAACCUUCUCAGUCUCAUGAGCCAGUUACGCCUCAGUCCUCCUCCAAACCUCACCCCAAAGACGCUCCAAUCUAGGCUUCCAAAGUGGGAUUCUAGUUCGGAUUCGGAUGCUUCCCCGCCGCAGAAGCACACACAGAUAGUAACUACACCUCCGGCCGCCAAUAUGCCCUGUGCCCGAUCAGCGCUGGCACCCGCUUUCCGAUUUUCUUCGGCUGUGUUGUCUACAGCUUCCCACUCUAGCGAUAUGAAGCGAUUGCAGAGCUCCUUAGUCUCUCCGUCUUCGGUAUUGAACACAUCAAAGGAAGGUGACAAAGAAAAUAUGAUUGUUCCAUCCGUCCAACAACAACAAAGUCUGACGCACGACGAAGAUCCUUUCGAUAUAUUUGUUACCCCACCUCUCCUCAAGGAAAGACUUGCCAGAUUACAACAAACGUCCUAG